CUACACUUUACAAAUUCUAAAUUUGGUGAGUGUAGUCUUGCCAAUCGUAAAAUGGACUUGCCUAAUCGUGAUAAAUCGCAGAGUGUUUCUGUGAAGAAGACAGCUCUGAGAGAUCUGCAGAAUGAUAAGAAAAUCAUGGUGCCAACCUCUGUUGGAAGCUCUUCGUUUUUAAAGGAUAAGGAUCCUGGUACUGAUUCCAAUAGGGUUUCCGGUACCAAGAGACCCUUGUCUGACCACCCAGUGAAUCAGAAUCUCCAGCAAUCUCCAGGCAAUAAUUUUGCAAAUGGACAUCUUGUGUAUGUCCGUAGAAAAUCAGAAGCAGAACUAGGCAAGGGCACUGCUUUUGAAAAUUCAAGUAUUAAUGCUUAUUGUUCACACUCGAAGCAAUUUUGUUGCGAAGAGGAGAAUGCUCAACCAAAAUCUCAGAUAAAGGAGCCUUCUCAGAUAAAGGAUUCAAAGGUUUCUUGUUUCCCAGCAUUUGCACCUUUUCCUGUGGCUUCUUCAAUGAACUCAUCUGGAAAGUCUUCAGUUCCUGUUUCUCUUGGGAAAUCUUCAAUCAAGUUAGCACCAGUUGAGUCCAAUUAUGUGACAGCUUUUUCUGGCCCUACUACCACCACUGGUAAUCCAAAGGGAUUAAAAAGUUUUCACUGGGAAGAGCGAUACCAACAAUUGCAGAUGUUUUUGAAGAAAUUGGACCAAUCAGACCAAGAAGAAUAUAUCCAAAUGCUUCGUUGCCUGUCAUCAGUUGAACUUAGCAAACAUGCUGUUGAGUUAGAGAAGAGAUCAAUUCAGCUUUCAUUAGAGGAAGCCAAAGAAUUACAGCGUGUUGCUGCUUUAAACGUCUUGGGUAAAUCAGUGAAGAACUUCAAAGCGCCAGUUGAUCACGACGAGUGUUCAGACAGGUUGAAGACUUGAUCACGAUCUUCCCAUUUGGGCUGUUGUAAAUUUCCACAGGCAGUGGAAACUCUCUGACUUUUUGUUUUGCUUAGAGUUUAUGCUGGUUCUCUUAGAAUCUUCUAGUUGACAGAAAUUAUCCAACACCUUGUUCACGAAAAUUGAAAAUGGUUAUCUGUUGCAGUUUGUGCUUCUUGUA